AUGUACAUAGAACUUGCGCUGGUCGCGGCGGCCGUGCUGCUGUGCCAAGCGGGCUUCUUCUACCUGCAGGCGUGGCGCUGCGAGCUGCAGGUCCAGCGGGCGGCGGACGAUGCGGACUCACUUCGGGUGCUGGUCGUGACGGACGUGCAUCUGCUGGGCAGGAGGAGGCGCUCGGGCGCCGAGCGGCUCUGGGUGGACUGGCAGGUGCGCGCGUCCGCCCGGGCGGCCGUUGACGUGCACAAGCCGGAGGUGGCGCUCGUGCUGGGCGACCAAUUCGACGAAGGCAGCCGCUGGACGCCCGACGCACACUGGGACGAGUAUGCGGACAGGUUCUUCAGUGCCUUCGCCAGCUUCCUGCCGCUCAAGACGCUGUACUUGGUUGGCAACCACGACACGUCAUUCGGCCGGGAGAUGCGGAUCGAGGACCUCAAGCGCUACGAAGUCACGUUCGGAGCUGCCAACCGCAUCGACGAGAUCGGGGGCCACACAUUCGUGAGUCUCAACACAAUGGCGCUGGACUCGGACGUAGCGAGCGAGGCAGUGAGGACAGAGGCGCGAAGCUUCCUGGAGAGCGUUAACUUUGCCGAUCUGCGAGCGCGCGCGCCUGGCAGUGUCAUCUUGCUCACGCAUUUGCCGCUCUUCCGCAUGGACGAUCUCCAGUGCGGGGAAGAGCGACUGCGCGAGUCGGGUCAUGUCACGUACGAGCACCCGGGCUUCAAGUACGAGACCCACCACCACGUGCUCUCGCGCGCGCUGUCAGCGGAGCUGCUGGACAAGGUGCAGCCGAGCCUGGUGCUCUCGGGCCACACGCACGCCUGGUGCGAAUACCAGCACCCCGACGCGGUGGCCAUGGAGUACACCGUCCCGGCGUUCUCGUGGGGUCAGCGUCCCGACCCAAGCUACGCGCUGUUGCGGCUGCCCCGGGCGGGCCUUGCUGGCAUGAAGCGACCACCGAAAGUCACCGCGUGCCGCUUGCCGAGCGAACCACUCACCUUCGCAACGUACGCCGCGACAGUCGCGACCAUCGUGCUGACAAGUGUUGUCAGGUUCGUGCUGGCGAGGCAAGCGGCGCCCAAGACCAAGGGCGCGUAA